CACUAUUAACAAAAAGUGCAUCAAUUGUUUGCUAUUCUACGUGCUUUCUGAACCAAAAAUGAAUAUAAAUAAAUAAAAAGUGAAAAUAGUAAAGUUUUAAAGACGGCGAAGUAUUUACCAGCAUUGAGGGGUGUAGAAUGGAAACAGAUGAUUUGUCGCAUUUAACCGAAGAAUACAGACUGGAUAACACAGAUUUGGAUAGCAUAAUGACGAAUGAAAUUUUCCAACACAAUUUGUAUAUGGACGAUCAAGAAGUAGACGAAAAUGAGCCGGAUGAUGUUAUCAUUCUACAUAUGGACAUACGUGAGCCUUUGCGAACAUUGCAAAAGCUGGCUGAAAAGAAGAUUGGAAUGAAUUUGAAAGGUUACAAGUUCUUUCUGCAAGACACACAAGAGCUGGAACCUCAUAAAAAUCUUGUUGACCAAUGYGUGAAAGGUGAAGGAUUGGUGCAGAUAAAUGUACAAAUACAAACAGCAGAACAGCAUAUAAACAUAGUUGAUGUGCUAAAACCAACAGAGGCGGCCUUGGCUGCUUUAGCCGCUGAAGAAGCAAACAACAAAAACGCUGAUAACAAUGAAGAAACCGAAGAAAAACCUUGCCUCAACUGGGUCCUAGACAAUAAAUUUAAGAAGGAGCAAGUGCGUCUUAAAAUACCAGAAGACCCUAAUGAGUGGACAACGGUACAAGUAAAACACUGGUUUCAAUGGGCUGUAAGGCAAUUUGAGUUGACUGGCGUUAGCUUGAGUGAUUGGGCUAUGACGGGAAAAGAGCUUUGUUCACUAACACAUGAAGAAUUUCGACGAAAGUUACCCAAAGAUCCGGGUAAUGUGUUCUGGACACAUUUGCAAUUGCUUAAAGAAUGCAAAUUUGUCUCCGUUGUACACAAGGUGCCUGAAGAUCGUGGCACAACCGGUUCCACUGCUACGAAGCCAAUUACCACUGGUAUUGGUGCAGCAGCGCCGCCAAUAAAAGAAUUGAAAAUAAUGCGCAAAACAAGUGUAAGCGCUACAAAAACCUACUGUAAGAAAACACCGAUAGUACCAAUGGAUGGUUCGCCAACACACACCAUACUUAACAACAGCAACACUGGUGGUAAUAGUAGCAUCGGCAGUAAUUAUGGUGUCGGUUCCGGCAAUAAUGGACAAGUACAGCUGUGGCAAUUUCUGCUAGAAAUUUUAACCGAUCGUGAACAUCGCAACAUCAUCCAAUGGGUUGGSAGCGAUGGCGAAUUCAAACUCAUCGACCCGGAGUGCGUAGCGCGACUGUGGGGCAUUAAGAAGAAUAAACCGGCAAUGAAUUAUGAAAAGUUAUCGCGUGCCUUGCGCUAUUACUACGAUGGUGAUAUGAUAUCCAAAGUGUCGGGCAAACGUUUCGCUUAUAAGUUUGAUUGUGAUUUGAAGCUGUUGAUUGGCUAUGAUGCCGGCGAAUUGGCGCAAUUGGUCAGUGAGAAGACUUUUUUAGACGAGUCGGUGUUUUUGAAACAUGAAUCAUUGCAAGAUCACCUCAAACAAUUGACGGACGAUGGGUGACAUGG